AUUAAACUAACUCAUUUAUUGAUAACAAUCUUAAAGAUUAACUUUCACAUACAAAGUUCCAGCAACACUUUAAAAUUUUCAAAACACAGACCUCUCUUCCCAAACUCUCCUUUGAAAAUAAUGUCCAACACCGGUGUAGUUUUCCCGACGAUAGACUUGGGAGAGGUUUCCGAUGAGAUCUUGAAUCAGAAACUCCGUGAAGCCGGCGAGAGAUUGGGAUGCUUCAGAGUGAUUAACCAUGGAGUUUCUUUGUCUCUCAUGUCUGAGAUGAAGAAGACCGUUAUGGAUCUCUUUGAACGUCCCUACGAGGUGAAAGUACGUAACACUGAUGUGCUACCAGGGAGUGGUUACAGAUUUCGUCCAAGCGAAACCAAUCCUAAUUAUGAAGCAUUAGGUCUCCUCGACCUGGCUUCUCCUCAAGCUCUCAAUACUUUCUGUGACCAGCUCGAUGCUUCUGCUGAACAAAGGGAGAUUAUGCUGAAGUAUGCAGAAGCUAUUCAUGGGCUUGCAAAAGAUUUAUCAAGGAGACUAGCAGAGAGUUACGGGUUGGCUGAUACUACCAACUUCUUCAAAUCUUGGCCAAUCCAGUUUAGUAUCAACAAGUAUCAUUUCAAACCCGAAACAGUCGGGAAAGUUGGUGUGCAGGCACACACAGAUUUUGGGUUCUUGACGAUACUUCAAGAUGAUGAAAACGUGGGUGGAUUUGAAGCCAUGGACCCUUCUUCAGGAACGUUCUUUCCCUUAAGCCCGUUGACAAACUCGCUUGCUAUCAACCUUGGGGACAUGGCGACAAUAUGGAGCAAUGGAAGGUUGGGCAGCGUGAAGCAUAGGGUGCGAUGCGAAGCUAAAACCAGGUUUUCUAUCGUCUCCUUCCUGUUGGGACCAGUGGAUACAGAUUUGGAAGCUCCAAGUGAGUUUGUGGAUGAUGAACAUCCGCGGCUAUACAAGCCUAUAAGUAAUAAAGGGAUACGAAGUCUCAGAGUGACAACGAACUUGAUUGAUGGAGAAGCUCUUAAACAUAUAUCCUAUGAAUGAAUGAACAUGAUGUAAUGACAUAAAAAGACUAUUCUACUUUUUAUUUGGUGUUCUUGAGAUAGAGAAGUAAAGAUGUAACUGUCUUAAGGUAUGUGAAAAUUAUGGAUUUUCGCAAUAUAUAUAAAUAAAAGACUUUGUACUUAGUUUA